AUGUAGGAGUUAACAGAACUUAAGAACUUAGUUAUACAAUCUCUUGAGGCUAAUGGAUCUCUUGCCAAGAUUAGAGCUUAGAUAAGAGCUUCAGUCUUUAAUGUAGUUGAUUAACAGGAAGGCAAUAAUAAAAAACCAUCUCCAUUUUUUUGGGAAAAUAAUAAGGCUUAAACAAUUUACGAAUUAGGAUGUGGAAGAGACAUGCUAGAAUUAAUAAAAGAGUUUUUAUUAUUUUUUGAAAUGCACUACACCACCUCCAUUUUUUCAAGCGAAAGCAAUUUAAGAGAAGAUAUAAAUCGUGAUUAGAUUGCCAAAAAGUUGAAUAUAGACGCUACUGAUUCUACAAAGCCAUUGCUAUACUUUUUGUUAAAAAAUAGAUAACCUGAAAAAAAAUCAGAAGAAAAGCAAUAGCAAUAAAAAAUUGCAUAGCCAUCACCCAAAGAAAUUUAAAUAUAGCAGUAAUAAUAAUAAUAAUAAUAAUAAUAAUAAUAAUAAAAAUUGCAAGAUCAAAAGGUUCAAGAAUAAAAAAGAUAAGAUGAAAUUAAAAAAUAAGAGGAAUUAAAAAAGUAAGAAGAACAAAGAAAGCAUGAAGAAUAUAGAAAAUAAGAUGAAUUAAGAAGAUAACAAUAACAAUAAGAAGAGUAGAAAAAACUUGAAGAAUAAAAAAAAGAAUAAUAAAGAAAACAAUAGGAGGACCAAAGAAAAAUGGAAGAACUUAAGAAAUAAUAAGAACAAUAAAAAUUAGAAUAAUAGAAGUAAGAAUAGCAAAGAUAAGAAUAAUAAAAGUAAGAUUAAUAAAGAAAAGAAUAAGAAAAGGUGAAAGAGUAAUAAAAAUAAUAGGAAUUACUUAAACAAUAAUAAGAAAGAGAAAAACAAGAAGCAGAACAAAGGAAAGGUUAAGCUAAGAAAUUUGAACAUAAAAAUUAUGAGGAUGAAAAGUUUGAUAAUGAUGAUAUGGAAGAAUAAUUAGAGGGAGACGAUUUAAGAGAUUCUUAAUUGUAAUAAGAUUAGUUUUAAGACUCCGAUGAAUACAUGUAAUAAUCGCAAUCAUAAGGAAUUGACAUGACUAUUGAUUCUGCUGCAUUAGAAGAGUUUGAUUAUUAUGAAGAUAUCGAAGAUAUGGAUUGA